AUGGCCGAGGUCAGCACUAUUGUUUUCUCGGCUGAUUCCGCUGGAAAAGAUCUUGGACCACGAUUGGGUCUAAAAAAGUCCAGCUCACUGGAGAGUCUGCAGACAGCAGUGGCAGAAGUCAAGAAGAAUGAUCUUCCUUUCUACAGACCUAGACCACAUAUGGUCCGUGGUAGGGGUUGUAAUGAGAGCUUCCGGGCUGCAAUUGAUAAGUCUUAUGAUGGACCAGAAGCCGAGGAAGAUGCUCUUUCUGAUGUGAGUUCCCACUCCAGUCGAGCAACUCCAAAUAGUGAGUCUGCCACAAUGGAGAAUGCAGAGCUAGAAGAUAAUGAUAAAGUAAAGAAAGAAAAGAAAAAAAGAGAUAAGAAAAAAGAUAAGGAAAAGGACAAAUCAAAAGUAAAAGAUAAGAAAAAGAAGGAGGAAACUGAGGAUCAGGAGAAAAAAGCUAAGAAAAAAGGUUUUGGUGCAAUGCUUAGGUUUGGGAAAAAGAAUAAAGAUGACAAAGGAGGCAAAGUUGAUCAGAAAGCUAGUCCUAAAACUGCCAGGAAAGAAGAGGAGCAAGAUGUUGAAAAAAUGAAGGAAGAACGUGAUAGGAUAAAUGUAAAGCAUCAAGACAUACGUGAAAAACAGGUGAAAGUGUUAUGGGACCUCGGUGCAAGUCAUGCUAUGGAGGAUGAUGACAUGGACCCUAGUUAUGCCAGGAUAAACCACUUUAAGGAGUCACCUCCAAGUCACAGCUCCCAUAGGCCUUAUUCUCCUCCAAAGCUUGGGGUGUAUAGCUACACAAGGAACCCACUUGCUCCUGUCUCAGAGAGGGAUCAAGUUCAAGACCUUUAUGGUAAAAUAAACAAGAGGCAGCAAGCACAGGAAACAGAUGACAGUGGCCGCUCAAAAUCUGGGAAUGCAGACCGUAUCCAGCAGCUACGGAUGGAGUAUCAGCAGGCAAAACGGGAAGGCUUCUAUGAAAUGGACGAUAUGGCAGGACAACCUCUAGAGUAUGAACAAACAUGGGUCCCGGUACGAGGUCCUGGUGGAUCCCACAACCUCUCUUAUGACCGGAUGGAAAGGCAGUAUGCAUCAUUACCCAGACCAGGCCCAGUGGAUGCUUUGGAGUAUGUGGCUGGACCUCAGGCAAUGUACAUGGAGAGGGACCCGCCUUAUUACUAUGAUGUUGCUGCAUCAAACACUAGAGGUACUUAUUCCAGGUCCAAAGUACAUCAAGAAGAUAACUACAGAUAUCCUCCAUAUCAGGCACCACCAACCAAAGGUCCUCUGCGUCAAGAUGUUCCACCCUCACCACCGCAAAGUCAUCGAAUGCCUGGAUAUGGUACUGGAGGAAGAUCAGGACAAGAUCGGUACCAGUACAGAAGCCAAGAUCCUAAACAGAAAAAUGCCAUGACUGCUGCUGUAUAGUCUACAUUCCAGUAAAAUAUGUCUGGAGUUCAACAUACUAUGAAAUGAAAGGACAUGGCCAGCUUUCAGCUGCUAACAGUGUAACCGCAAAAACUAUUUUACGGUACCCCAAUGGAAAGGUGUUAGAAACAUAGCCUUAUGUAAAUCAAUAUCUGUUCACAGCACAGUGCAGUUUUGAUGCCUUCAAUCUAUCUAUACAAAUAUAGAUUAUAACCACGUGCAUUUUGUACGGUAUUUCAAUUUCCUGAAGAUAAAGGAAUUUUAGAUAUUUGGAAUUUUUUUACCUGAUUUG